GGAAUUGAACCCAUGUGGGAGGACGAGAGGAACAAGCGUGGCGGGCGCUGGCUCCUCACCCUCAACAAGCAGCAGAGGAGAUUAGACCUGGACCGCUUCUGGCUGGAAACUCUCCUGUGCUUAGUCGGAGAGGCCUUUGAUGACCACAGCGAUCAGGUCUGCGGAGCCGUGGUCAACAUCCGCACAAAAGGAGAUAAACUCGCUGUGUGGACAGCGGACUACGAGAACCGGGAGGCUGUGACACACAUUGGGAGAGUUUACAAGGAGCGCUUGGGGAUUCCCAUGAAGAUGACAAUCGGCUUCCAAUCUCACGCAGAUACAUCUACCAAAAGUGGUUCAACCACCAAGAACAAAUUUGUUGUUUGAGAAUGUGCCUCUUUCCUUUUCUUGUCUUAUUUGUUGUUGGUUCAUAUUUUUACUGCACUGCAAAGACUCUGCCGAAUGCAAUCUGGAAGAAAGAAAAAUCCAAUCCUACGUGCCAAAUGUUUCCAUAACAUACCCAGAACUUGAUCCACUUGUAAAAACACACAGAAGAACAUGAAUAUAUCAAAACACUAACAAUAAGAGGGAUUAAUAGUGAAUGAGAUUUAGAGUGCUGCAUACUCUACUAAAGAAAGUUUCCUUUUUUCCUUUAAUGUCAGGGAAUCCUGAAAUACGAGGGAAACGAGUACAUUUCUCUCCCUUUUACUACAGCACUGCUGGUUGCUGUAAUCCUUAAUGCCAUGAAAGCCUUUUAAUUUAUUAUUAAUUUGCCUGCAUAUGAUUAGAUUGUUAGACCUCUGUUUUAUGCUUCUUUUUUUUUCCUUCAACUGUUGCACGUAAUCAACCUUUUAAAAAAAGUAUUUCAUGACUCAUAUUCACUUUGUGUGUUAAUAUAAUUAAAACAUUGGUUUUGCAAUUACUAGUUGUUCAAUUGUGUAAUACUUGUAUUA